AUGGCAGGCGCGGGGCCCCGGAGCUCCCUGCGCGGAGCCCUCUGCAGGCUGCUGCUGACCCUCGUGGUCUUCAGUUUUGCUUGUGAAGCCUGCAAAAAGGUGAUAUUUAAUACACCUUCUAAGCUAGAGGCAGACAAAAUGGUUGGCAGAGUUAACUUGGAAGAGUGCCUCAGGUCUGCAGACCUUAUCCAGUCAAGUGACCCUGAUUUCAGAGUUCUAGGGGACGGGUCAGUAUACACAGCCAGUGCGGUUGUGUUAUCUGAUGAGAAAAGGUCGUUCACCAUCUGGCUUUCUGACACGAGGAAACAGAUCCAGAAGGAGAUUACUGUGCUCCUGGAACAUCAGAAGAAGGUACUGAGGAAAAGACAGGCUAAAGAAACUGUUCUCAGGCGGGCGAAGAGGAGGUGGGCACCGAUUCCCUGUUCAAUGCAAGAGAACUCCUUGGGCCCUUUCCCUUUGUUUCUUCAACAAGUUCAGUCUGAUGCAGCACAGAACUAUACCAUCUUCUAUUCAAUAAGUGGACGUGGAGUUGACCAAGAACCUUUAAAUUUGUUUUUCAUAGAAAAAAACACUGGAAAUCUGUUUUGUACUGGGCCUGUGGAUCGUGAAGAAUAUGAUGUUUUUGAUUUGAUUGCCUAUGCGACAACUGCAGAUGGCUAUUCAGCAGACUUGCCUCUUCCAUUGCCCAUCAGAGUGGAAGAUGAGAAUGACAACCACCCUAUUUUCACAGAACAAAUUUAUAAUUUUGAAGUUCCAGAAAGUAGUAGACUUGGCACUACAGUGGGAGUGGUUUGUGCCACGGACAGAGAUGAGCCAGACACGAUGCAUACGCGCCUGAAGUACAGCAUUUUGGAGCAGAUACCAAGAGCACCUGGGCUCUUUUCCGUACAUCCCACCACAGGCGCAAUCACCAUAGUCUCUCAGUAUUUGGACAGAGAGGUUGUAGACAAAUACAAAUUGAUACUUAAAGUACAAGACAUGGAUGGUCAAUUUUUUGGAUUGAUGACUACAUCGACUUGUCUUAUAACAGUAGCAGAUUCAAAUGACAAUGCACCUGUUUUCUUGCAAAAUGUCUAUACAGUAACAGUAGAGGAAAAUACAUACAAUGUGGAACUCCUACGGCUCCCUGUAGAAGAUAAGGAUGUAGUUAACAGUGCCAACUGGAGAGCCAAUUUUACCAUCUUAAAGGGCAAUGAAAAUGCACAUUUCAAAAUCAGUACAGAUGAAAAAACUAAUGAAGGCGUUCUGUGUAUUGUAAAGCCCCUGAAUUAUGAAGAAACCCAGAAAGUUGUCCUGGAAAUUGGAGUAGGCAAUGAAGCUCCUUUUACUAGAGAUGCUGCAGUCAGGACAACGACGAACAGAGCUUUGGUUACAGUUCAUGUGAAGGACCAGGAUGAAGGGCCCGAAUGCAGCCCUGCGGCCCAACAUGUGCGGAUUAAAGAAAAUUCAGCAAAGGGGACCAGUGUCAAUGGCUAUAGGGCAUAUGACCCCGAAACUAAAAGUAGCAGCGGUUUAAGGUACAAAAAGUUGCAUGAUCCUGAAGAGUGGAUCACCAUUGAUGAAAGGUCAGGGUCGAUCAGAACUUUAAAAAUUCUGGACAGGGAGGCCGCAACUCCCAGAAAUGCCUUGUAUAAUGUUACAGUCAUGGCAAUAGACCAAGAUGGUAGAUCAUGUACUGGAACACUUGUACUUAACAUUGAAGAUGUAAAUGAUAAUGCACCAGCAAUACUUCAAGAUUAUGUAGUAAUCUGCAAACCAAAGAUGGGGUAUGGUGACAUUUCAGCUUUUGAUCUUGAUGAGCCUAUCCAUGGUGCUCCAUUUGAGUUCAGCUUGGCAAACCCUUCUCCAGAAAUCAGCAGAAUGUGGACCCUCUCCAGAGUUAAUGAUACAGCUGCCCGUCUUUCAUAUCACAAAAAUGCUGCAUUUGAUGAAUAUAAUAUUCCUAUUACUGUAAGAGAUAGAGAAGGUCAAUUUGCAACAAAAACCUUGAAAGUUAACCUUUGUGAUUGUACUUAUCCAAGUCAAUGUGUGAGGACUCUAAGAAGUGCAGGGACAUCACUUGGUAAAUGGGCGAUCCUGGCGAUACUACUGGGUAUCGCAUUACUUUUCUCUGUACUGCUAACUUUAGUAUGUGGAGUGGUUGGUGCCAGAAAAAAAGGUUUUCCUGAAGAUUUGGCGCAGCAAAAUUUAAUUAUAUCAAACACAGAAGCACCUGGCGAUGAUAAGGUGUGUUCUGCCAAUGGGUUUGUGACCCAGACAGUCAACAACUCUAGUCAAGGCUUUUGUGGCACCAUGGGAUCAGGAGUCAAAAAUGGAGGGCUGGAAACCAUUGAAAUGGUGAAAGGAGGUCACCAGACCUUGGAAUCGAACCGGAGUCAUCACCACACCCUGGAUUCCUGCAGGGGAGGACACAUGGAUAUGGAAAACUCCAGACACACUUACUCAGAGUGGCAUAAUUUCACUCAGCCUCAUCUUCAUGAAAAAUUGCACCAAUAUAAUAAGAAUGAAGACCACCUCUCAUCGCAAGAUUACGUCCUCACGUACAACUAUGAAGGAAGAGGAUCUCCAGGUGGUUCUGUAGGUUGCUGCAGUGAAAAACAGGAGGAAGAGGGUCUUGACUUUUUAAAUAAUUUGGAACCUAAAUUUACUGCAUUAGCAGAAACAUGCACAAAGAGAUAAACAUUACAAUGC